AAAAAAUUGAAUUGGUAACUUUAAUUUAAAUGUUUUACCAAUCAUAAAUUGAUGUAAAUUAUAUCAUUCGUUACAUAAGAAUCAGAUUUAAUGGUUGUCUAGUUUUAUGACACGAUAUCAGAAAGAUAAGUUGAAACACCUUGCAAAUUCUAUAGUACGUCUAAUCAUAGCAUGCCAUUAAUGUUGUGACGUGUUAUUUUUUUUUAACUAAAUAAACAGCGAAUUAAUCGCGAAAAUUGGCUGAAAACGUACAAAUACCUUAGAAAGGUAAAAUGAUGCAAGAUGAGCAUCUGGGUGGUCCUGCAAGACGAAAUGUUUUCAGUCAAGCAAUAGGAAGAAUAUCACAAUUAUAUCAAAGAUAUUUGGAUCUUUGGACACCUCACGUAGUGUCAAGAUGGGCAGUUGCUUUUUUUCUCAUAUUUGUUUUUUUCUUGCGUAUAUUUUUGUCAGAAGGAUGGUACAUUGUCACAUAUGCAUUAGCAAUUUAUCAUCUAAAUUUAUUCAUAGCAUUCCUUACUCCUAAAAUUGAUCCUGCAAUGGAUUUUGAUGAUGGUGAAGGACCAGAGUUACCUACAAGAUCUAAUGAAGAAUUUAGGCCAUUUAUUAGAAGGUUACCUGAAUUUAAAUUCUGGUAUUCUGUGAUGAAAUCUACAGUUAUUGCUAUGAUAUGUACUAUGUUUGAUUGCUUCAAUGUACCAGUAUUUUGGCCCAUACUUGUUAUGUACUUCAUAACAUUAUUUUGCAUUACUAUGAAGCGUCAAAUAAAGCAUAUGAUCAAAUACAGAUACCUGCCGUUCACUCAUGGAAAACCAAAGUACCAGAAUCACGAGGAUACUUCGAGGUUAAUACCUUCAAAGUGAAUAGGUGUGAAGUAUGCUUGUUGAUGGAGGUGCAUAAAGAAAAAUCUUGGCAUUAAUGAGGAAAAGAAAGAUCCCAAAAUCAGGAAUUAAAAUUUCAUAAGUUUCAAAAUUUAAACAACAACGAAUCGACACGAAUUAAUUUUUUCCCCAAAUUGUACGACUUUAUUGCAAAAAAUAAAAAGAAAAUCAAUUCUCGAUUAUAUAAGAUACAUUCGUAUAAAUUUUUAUUGAUAGAAAGAAAUAUGAAGAUGAAAAAAUAAAAGAUUACAUUGAUUUGAUAAUGUACAAACAUGUUAAAUACAAAUUGUAAAUAUCAUAUAUUUAUAAAUAAGCACAAAUAAUAAAUAUACGAAACAUUGUAUCUGUAUUAUAUAGUAGAAAUAUAUAUAGAAGAAAAAAAAUAUUGCAAUUCGAACGAGAAAACAAUCUUUGAAAAUUAAAAUCGACAUAACAUUUUUAAUGUUAUCCAAAUUUUCAACUUUACUCAUUCGCUCUUAUUAAAACUCGAAAUGGACAUCUUAUCUGAUAUAUCUAAAAUCCUAAUUAAUCUUACAAAAAUCAAAAGCAAAAUAAAAAAAAUAGAAAUCCAAUAAAAUUGAAUUCCUUCAAUUUUUAAAAUCGAACAAACGUGAACAAAAUCUUCUUACGUCUUAAAAUCGUCUUGUCGUAUUAAACGUUCACGGAACAGAAGAUAAAGAGAAUUAAACAACGAUCAAAGAGAAUUCUCAAACAGUAUAUUCACGUUUGAUCAAAGGUGGAAGUAACAUCUCGCGAUGAACCACUUUCUUUCUGAAUUUUUUCCCUCCAAGCGAGGCGAAGUUUUUGUAACGAGAUAUACUUUUUCCUGGUCGCAUUACCUGGGAAGAAAGUAACACGGCUCGAGCGUAGGAGAAUGCAUUAGCAACCUGACCCUCGGUCGGUCCUGUUAACACCAGGACGUAAGUCACUCCGAGGAGUGGUAUCAGAACCAGCAAUGCUUUGCUCGCUUUCCUGUAUUGCUGAGUUUCCACGUUCGUCGCGGACCAGAGCUUCGUUAUCAGCACCUGCAGGAAAGAAAAUUUUACAAGGGUACAAGGGAAAAAUAAAUUCUAUGAAAUGGGUCGAAAUUUGAUUUUUGGAUAUUUUUUAAAAAUUUUAAAUUUUAAAAUACUGGCAAUCUAAAAACUAGAAGUAGUUUAUUCCUUUAUUUUAAGGAAAAAUAACAAAGCGUGAGUUCAAAUUGAUUUUUUACAAUCGUGAAAUUCGAAUUAGAAAUUAUGGAAAUUUGAAACUGUUCUAAAGCUGGAAGUUUAUUUUUUUUAAAAAAAUGAUAAGUAAUUAGAAGUAGGAUUUUAAAAUGAUUAUUACAAAUGAGUGAUAAAAUGAAAAAAUUAAAUAUAUUAUCUAUGAAUAAUUAUGCUAAAGCAUUUAAAAAUUAUUGAAUUAAAGAUACCGAAUAAUUACCUCCGUUUUAAUUAUUAAAGAUAGAAACAAGAAAUAUUUUUGAUUUUUUAAAUAAACAAUAAAAUGUAAUUUUCAGAUUAAUUGAUAAUAAAUGUAAUUAUAUAAUAUAAUUUUAAUAAAUAUAAUUUUAUAAAUGCUUAAAAAAAUAAACAAGAAAUUUAAAAAUG